AUGGUACCUUUCCCUGCCAACCUCUUCGUGCGUUGGACAGAUCCCAAGCCAGCGCCGUCCACAGGAGUUACUUACCAUAUGCACUUCCCCAAUCAAUACGGGCUGAAGGUCGGAAAAGAACGGGGUAUCAGCCAGAGGAAAUUGUACAUCAAAGGUCUUCCCGCCAAAACCCAGGAGCGGGAAGCUGGCGAAGAGGCAUCAGAUUCGCCAGCCAAGGGCCCAAUCAUCAGAUCGAAGUCGGAUAAGAAGGGGAAGAAGACCGCAUUGGCGGCGGCCUUGUCCCCUGAAUAUGUGGACGACAUGAGAAAGGGUGCAUGUACCAUGUAUUACUAA